AUGAAUCUGGAAGGGGUGGGCGAUGAAGUAAGAUGUCGCGCCUUCCCUGUGACCUUAGCGGGACCGGUAAUCCACUGGUUCAAUGGUCUCCCCCAGGGCUCCGUAACAACCUUUGCGGACAUAACCAGCGCUUUCCUGGCACAGUUCACCACGUGCAUUGCCAAAUCGAAGCACCCGAUCAACUUGCUAGGGGUGACACAGAAAAGCGGGGAACCGACCAGGAAGUACCUAGAUAAGUUCAAUGAUGAAUUCUUGGAGAUUGACGGCCUAACCGACUCGGUGGCCAGCUUAUGCUUGAUGAACGGGUUGCUAAAUGAAGAUUUCAGGAAGUACCUUACCACCAAGCCCGUAUGGACGAUGCAAGAAAUCCAAAACAUGGCUAGGGAGUAUAUCAAUGACGAGGAGGUUAGCCAAGUCGUGGUAGCCAACAAGCGGCAGCCCGCCUAUAACUCUUCUCGUCAACCCGGUAACGGGGAAAGGUCUAAGGAGCACUCCAAGGACGGAGGGCCAGCUAAAGCCUUCAAGCCGUUCCCCCAGGUAGGGAAAUUUACUAACUACACUCCUCUGACAGUCCCGAUCAUCGAAGUGUACCAGCAAAUAGCCGAUGAAGCCAUCCUGUCGAAGUCCCGGCAACUUAAAGAUAGGAUUGGGGGGAACAAAAACCUCUACUGCGAUUACCACAAGGGCUUCGACCACAAGACCCAAGAUUGUUUCGAUUUGAAGGAUGCUCUGGAGCAGGUGAUCCGGGAAGACGAUAGGAGCCGCGUCGUUAGACCAAGGCAAGAGCCCGAGGAGGACAAUGAGCGCGGCCUCACCAUUGUGAACGUCAUAGUUGGGAGAGACGUCGCUCCCAGGUCGAAGUCGACAAGCAGGAAAGAUGCCAAAGUCUUGGCUGUGUCAUCGUCUAGUCCCGCGCCUCCCUCCAGGAGAGUCUCGUCAAUAUCAUUCGGACCAAAGGACCAAUGGUUCGAUGACUUGUCGGAGAACCCUCCCAUGGUGAUCACAGCAAGGGUGGGAACUGGUAUGGUCAGGCGAAUCCUCGUAGACACUAGAGCCGAUACGAACAUCAUGUUCCGUAACGUGUUUGAUGCUCUGGACCUCUGA